GCCACAGCUCGCGGGCUCCGGACGCCCGGCCUCAGGCACCCGGAACCGCCGGGGAGGGCAGGAGAAAGCGCACCGAGCCCAGGCUUGGCCCCCGCCGCCGCCACCUCGCUCGGCUCGGCUGCCGCCCCAUGGCUCCGCUGCCGCCGCCGCCCGUGCCGCCCCUGCGUUCCGAGGGCCUUCGCCGCAGCGGGUGCAAGCCCUCCUUUAAGGACUAAACAGGGUCGCCGCCAGCUCUUGCACACACAGCAUCCCCGGGAAGGUCGAGGCCCGAGAGACUGGAGAAGAGGAGGAAAGGCGAGCAGAAAGCCAGGACUCGGGUCCACAGCGGACGGGCCAUCCCCCGGCCUCGGGCGGAGAGCGGGGCUGCGCAGCUGGUUGGCGACGGAUUCAGGGCUGGCGACUGUGCAGAAGCCGCGCCGUGCUCCGGGCCGGUCCCUCGCACCUGCCGGAGCCCGACAGCCUCGGACUCACCUGACCCCUGGCAUCCCGAUCCCCGUCCCGGCGGCUGCAGCCCGAGCCGGAUUCCGCGGGCCUGGAGCGCGGCGAGGUCUAAUAUGCCCAGAGCCAAGGCGCGAUGAAGGAGAAGUCCAAAAAUGCGGCCAAAACCAGGAGGGAGAAGGAAAAUGGUGAGUUUUAUGAGCUGGCCAAGCUGCUCCCGCUGCCGUCGGCCAUCACCUCGCAGCUGGACAAAGCGUCCAUCAUCCGACUCACCACCAGCUACCUGAAGAUGCGCGCGGUCUUCCCGGAAGGUCUAGGAGACGCGUGGGGACAGCCGAGCAGAACAGGGCCCCUGGACAGCGUGGCCAAAGAGCUGGGAUCCCAUUUGCUGCAGACCCUGGAUGGCUUCGUUUUUGUGGUGGCCUCUGAUGGCAAAAUCAUGUAUAUAUCUGAGACCGCUUCUGUCCAUUUAGGGCUGUCCCAGGUGGAGCUCACGGGCAACAGCAUUUAUGAGUACAUCCAUCCUUCUGACCACGACGAGAUGACAGCUGUCCUCUCAGCCCAUCCCCCACUCCACCAUCACCUGCUCCAAGAAUACGAGAUAGAGCGGUCUUUCUUCCUCCGAAUGAAAUGCGUCUUGGCAAAAAGAAAUGCAGGCCUGACAUGCAGUGGAUACAAGGUCAUCCACUGCAGCGGUUACUUGAAGAUCAGGCAGUAUAUGCUGGACAUGUCCCUGUACGACUCCUGCUACCAGAUUGUGGGGUUGGUGGCCGUGGGCCAGUCACUGCCACCCAGUGCCAUCACAGAGAUCAAGCUGCACAGCAACAUGUUCAUGUUUAGGGCCAGCCUUGACCUGAAGCUCAUAUUCCUGGAUUCCAGGGUGACGGAGCUUACAGGCUAUGAGCCACAAGACCUUAUCGAAAAGACGCUGUACCAUCACGUUCACGGCUGUGACACCUUCCACCUCCGCUAUGCGCACCACCUCUUGCUGGUGAAGGGCCAGGUCACCACCAAAUACUACCGGCUGCUGUCCAAGCUGGGCGGCUGGGUGUGGGUGCAGAGCUACGCCACCGUGGUCCACAACAGCCGCUCCUCCCGGCCCCACUGCAUCGUGAGUGUCAAUUAUGUCCUCACGGAUAUUGAAUACAAGGAGCUUCAGCUGUCUCUGGACCAGGCGUCCACUUCUAAGCCUCAGGACUCCUGGAGAACCACCCUGUCUACCUCACAAGAAACUAGGAAAUCAGCUAAACCCAAAAACACGAAGAUGAAGACAAAGCUGAGAACAAACCCUUACCCCCCACAGCAAUACAGCUCGUUCCAAAUGGACAAACUGGAGUGCAGCCAGGCGGGAAGCUGGAGAGCUAGUCCCCCCCCAAAUGCUCCAGCUCCCCCAGAACAGCAGCUCCAUUCAGAAGGCAGCGACCUUUUAUACGGGCCGCCCUACAGCCUCCCCUUCUCCUACCAUUACGGACACUUCCCCUUGGACCCGCAUGUCUUCAGCAGCAAGAAGCCAGCAUUGCCCGCCAAGUUCGGGCAGCCCCAAGGAUCCCCAUGUGAGGUGGCACGCUUUUUCCUGAGCACACUGCCAGCCAGCAGCGAAUGCCAAUGGCAUUAUGCCAACCCCCUAGUGCCCAGCAGCCCAUCGCCAGCUAAAAACCUUUCUGAGCCUCCUGUAAAUGCUGCCCGGCAUGGACCUGUGCCAAACUAUGAAGCGCCCGCCGCCGCCGCCGCCACCGCCGCGCGCAGGUUCGGCGAGGACCCCGCGCCCCCAAGCUUCCCGAGCUGCGGCCACUACCGCGAGGAGCCGGCGCUGGGCCCCGCCAAGGCGGCGCGCCAGGGGUCCCGGGACGGAGCCCGGCUGGCGCUGGCCCGAGCGCCCCCCGAGUGCUGCGCGCCCCCCGCCCCCGAGCCGCAGGCGCCGGCGCAGCUGCCCUUCGUGCUGCUCAACUACCACCGCGUGCUGGCGCGCCGCGGGCCGCUGGGGGGCGCAGCGCCCGGCAUGGCCUGCGGCCCGGGAGCCCCGGAGGCGGUCGGCCAGCUGCGGCCGCGACACCCGGGCCCCGUGGCCGCCUCUGCGCCGGGCGCGCCCCGGCCGCACUACCUGGGUGCCUCGGUCAUCAUCACCAACGGCAGGUGACCCGCUCGGGCCGGUCCCGCUCCGCAGGGCGGCCCACAGGGAGAAGCCAUAGGCCAGGCCUUCUCUGGUUCCUUCCCCCCCCCCCUUUUUUUUUCUUCAAGGUCCAGCAGAUGGAGGGGCGAACUGUAUAUGCAUGAUAUAAAUUAAUUUAUACAGAGAGAACUAUUUUAAUAGAACUCCGCAGCCGCCUUUUAGAUUUUUACCGUAGAUGCCGGUGGAGCGGGUCGGGAUCCCAGUUGGGGAUGAGGAGAAGGGACCGCCCAUCCUUGUCACCAAGGGCCGGUUUUCAGAGGGCUGAGAGUCCAGAUGCCAACGUGUGACCUCAAACUACCCAGUUCCCAGGGCAAUCAAGCCGAGGCCCAACAAUGGGAAUUCAAGGCAUUGUAUGCAGCUUGGCGGAAGGAUGCCACUUUAAGGGGACCCCCCCCCCCAAACCCAUCCCAUAGUCCGCCGUUCCAGAGGGGUGGAGUCGGGGUGGAAGUCCCUUCAGAGUCCUUUUGGACACUUAAGUAAACGCAAAAUGUUAUCCUUGUAAGUCCCACGAGCAGACAAGAGUUUCUGCGGUCUUUGAACUCACUCAUGCAUCUCAUUUUCAAAUUUAAUCCUUUUAAAAAUACAAAACCCAACAAGCCCAGGCUAAGAGGCCAGCGUGCAAGCCUAUUGUGUGCGUGGACAUGGGUGUGCUUCAGAAGCACAUUAACAAGCUCGCUCUUUCCUGAGCCCGUAGGAACUCUUGGUAACACCCACAAUUUGCACCUUCAAAAUAUAUGGAGUAGGCAUCAAAUGCAAAAAAAAAAAAAAAAAAAAAAAAAUAUAUAUAGCCAGGCAUCUUAGAAUGUCCCUGACAAGCUUAAUUCCCUGGCAAAGUCCCUCCAGCCCGCAAAUCUGUUAGUCCUGCGCUUGUGUUUGCUGCAGCUAGGUACUACAAAAGCUAGUUGAAUUGCAUGUGCAAUACAGAAACCUGAACGGACUGCACCUUGUGGAAGGUAAACAUGCGUAAGGGAGGUUAAUGAAAAUGGUGUAUACAUUUAAGCGUUUUCUACAUAGCGAGAGCUUCGUACAAACACGUCAUGUGUAACAGGUGAAUGGAGACCCUUUUUAUAAACGCACCAGCAGUGUUUAAAAAUAAACUUCCAUUACUUUCGUUUCA